CGAAAGCUUGCCAAGCGCACACAUUCGCCCAUCGAGCCCCGGCAUUUCCAGCGUGCUGCGUACAACAUCGAAUUCGAUCGUGUUUGCUUUGCCAGCGCCUCGACUUAAUCUCCAAAAAGGCUCGACUUUGGAAUCUCCCAAAGUACCGAAAUUGCGACCGAAGGCUCGACUUUCUUCACGCCUCACUCUUGCUCCAAUUCGACGGCUUGCGCAGUUUCAUUGAACAUUAAACCACUAUGUCCUCCGCCCAUCGCCCCACCUGGGACCCAGCCCGUGGGCAGAACAAUGCGGCGCACCUGUCCCGCGUCGCGCAUGCUUCGCAACUGCCAGCGCACACAACGCUCAAGGUCCGGCAAGAAGCGCAAGGCGGUAUUAUCGACCGCAAUGCUGCGACGCGGGCACGGAAAGAUCUCAAAGCCGAGCUGGAGCGCGCUGAGUGGGAGGCGAGGAACCAAAAGCGCAUUGCGCAAGGUUUGCCACCAGAGGCAGAGCCACGGGGUGAUGGUACAGGCAUGGAUGCAGAUGAUGAGCAUGCGUCAAAACGGCGGAAGUUGAUCGAGGAAGCGAUCAAGCUCGACGCGGACGACGACAGUGAGGAGGACGAAGUGUCCGAGGUGAAUAUAGGAUCUCGUCGCGAGGUGGACAAAGGCAAAGGGAAAGCUCGUGAUGAAACAAAUCAAGCGCCCGCUUCUGAUGCCCGAUCAAAGUCAGACUCGAACUCGGAUUCAGACAGUGACGACGACAGUGAUACGGAUGACGAGGAGGAUGACACCGCGGCACUGCUGCGCGAGCUAGAAAAGAUAAAACGCGAACGGGCAGAGGAGAAAGAGCGACAGGAGCGCGAAGCGGCGGCUUUAGCGCAGAGUGAACGCGAAGACGAGAUCGCCUUGGGGAAUCCGCUGCUCAAUCUCGAAAAUACCAUCAAGAACCAGAACGCGGCCGCUGCUGCCGCGGGUGUCACACCCAGCUUUGGCGUCAAGAGGCGAUGGGAUGAUGAUGUCAUCUUCAAAAACCAGGCCGCAGGCGUGGACAAGAAGGACAGAUCGAGCUUCGUAAAUGACAUGAUCCGAACCGAAUUCCACAAAAAGUUUUUGUACCGAUAUCUCAAGUAAUGCGGGAAGCAAUGAAACGAGGUGUAGCCGCGUGCACUUGCGGAUGUCCUUUUAUCAUAUGGAUUGACACC